AUGUACGGCCAACCCUGUGAUGAGCCAGGAUGGGAACUGGCCCUGAACGUCAUUAUCAUGCAUGAACUGCGGAGGCGCGACUGGAAUAGCGACAAUCCCGAGCACAAGCAUUAUCUCAACAACGCUCUCGCUCUAAUUCCGAAUGCCAUUCUACAGACGCCAAAUCCCAUGACUAUUGGGUCCCUUCUCUCGCUAUUUAUCCUCCUUGCUGGGUAUCAUAACCCAGACCACCCAAACAAAGUGCUGGGUCAUCCUGCCGAUGUCCUGCAUCGCCGCCGCCUAUUCUGGCAAGCCUAUGUCCUCGAUCAUGACCUUAUGCUUCGUAUCGGCAAACCACCUCUUAUCAGCGAUGACUUCCUCCUGGAGCUUCCUGAGGAGUUUCCAGCGGACGGAUACGGAGUCUACUACUAUCCCGGCGAUGUUACGCUCAGUUACUUCCAUCAGCAGGUUCGCCUGUCGCAGAUCCAAGGGCAUAUAUAUUCCAAACUCUACUCUCAGAGUGGCGAAAUAAUGUCGGCUGCCACCUUGGAGUCUACAAUCGCACAUCUAGAUGCGGAGUUGCAGGAUUGGUGGCAGACUAUUCCUGAAUUGAUCCGCCCUGAGCCGCAAAUGGACUUGCUGGAUGCUGAUUACACCAAGGUUAUGAGUCUCACUGUAUUGAAUUUCAUGUAUUUUCAACUGGUUGUCGCUAUUCACUCUGCGGCUUUCCGGUUGCCGCUUCUCGACGAAGAUGACGAUGGUCUGCGACCUAGUGUUGCCUUGUGCGUCAAUGCCGCGAGGGCCGCAAUCGCCUUGCUGAAGCAUCAGCAAUUGCAGCAUCCAUUCACUAUGUGA